UGUUAGAUGUGUGUGUGGUGUUAGACAUGGUUUGUCCUGUGUGAUGGUUUGGGUUAGCUUGUAUGACUGAUUUACAGCUAUUUCAUUGUCUGUGUGUGUGUGUCCUACUGUGUCUGUGUUAGGGUGUGUGUGUGUCCUGGGGUGUGUGUGUGUGUGUGUCCUGAGGUCUGGUUUCACCUUGUCUCCUUGUGCUACGUGAUAUCCUGGGUGUGUGUGUGUGUGUUUCUGUGAGCGAGAUACCUCCCAGGUCAGAUUCCAGAGCUCACACAGGGGACAGCGACACAACGGAACACAAAAAUACUGACCAGUGGAGCGUCAGGUCUCCCAAACACAACGUCUACAUUCUAGAGGGUUCUGUCCAGAGGGUUCUGUCCAGAGGGUUCUAGAAUGCCCUGUGUGCACUACGGAUCAGAAUGGGACUCCACGGGGGACGAGGGUCGUGGAUAGACCUUGCCAGUCAUUUCAUUAACUAGGGCAGUUGAAUAAUUGAUCUGUUGGCUUCUGGAGGCAGCGGGACAAAAUGAAGAUGAUGGUUCUGGUGGUGUGGCUCAGCUGGGGGAUUAACGUGUGUUGCAGUGCUCAGGGUCGGUAUGCCCAGAAGCUGUUCAACGACUUGAUGGAGAGUUACUCCAGCGCUCUGAGACCAGUGGAGGACACAGACAAGACCCUGAACGUCACCCUACAGAUCACUCUGUCUCAGAUCAAAGAUAUGGAUGAGAGGAACCAGGUGUUGACUACGUACCUGUGGAUCCGUCAGACGUGGUUCGAUGCGUACCUGAAGUGGGACAAGGACGAAUACGAUGGUCUGGAGGUGAUCCGUAUCCCUAGCAACCGGGUUUGGAGACCUGACAUAGUGCUUUACAACAAGGCUGAUGAGGAGGCCUCGGGGCCAGCAGAGACUAACGUGGUGUUGCGGUACAACGGGGAGAUAACCUGGGACAUGCCGGCCAUCACCAAGAGCUCCUGUGUGGUGGACGUCUCCUACUUCCCCUUCGACUGGCAGUGGUGCAACCUCACAUUCGGAUCCUGGACAUACAACGGCAACCAGGUUGACAUUGCCAUGGGGAUGGACAGUGGAGACCUGUCUGACUUUGUGGAGAACGUGGAGUGGGAGUGUCACGGAAUGCCGGCGGUCCGGAAUGUUAUCAUGUACGGCUGUUGUUCCGACCCGUAUCCUGACAUCACCUACACCCUCCAUUUGAAAAGACGCUCCCUCUUCUACAUCUUCAACCUCCUGCUGCCCUGCUUCCUCAUAUCAUUCCUAGCCCCCCUGGGUUUCUACCUUCCGGCUGACUCAGGAGAGAAGGUGUCUCUGGGCGUGACGGUUCUACUGGCCCUCACUGUCUUCCAGCUUAUGGUGGCAGAGAGCAUGCCCCCUUCAGAGAGUGUUCCUUAUAUAGGGAAGUACUACAUAGCUACCAUGACGAUGAUCACAGCCUCCACCUCGCUGACCAUCUUCAUUAUGAACAUCCAUUUCUGUGGUGCAGAGGCAAAGCCUGUUCCUCACUGGGCCAAGGUCCUCAUCAUUGACUACAUGUCUAAGAUCCUGUUUGUGUAUGAGGUGGGGGAGAACUGCACCACACCAGAGGCUGAGAGAACCCCGCUGUACAGCGAAGAACCAAUGACCGGAACCGCUGCCCUGGCACAGAAUCAUUACCAUGACAACCUCUACCAUGACAACUGUUGUAACAACCGCAACCAUGACGACUACGAAUGUCACUCAUACCGGCAUGGUAACGGUCACGUUAGGAACCACCACAUCAACCGUCAAAAUCACCUUGAAGACCGCUGUUAUGCCCAUGGCAGUCACCGUGAAAACCAUUGUCAGGUCGCCAAUGGCCACCCAGCCCACCACUAUAACAACCAUUACAGCAACCAUAGCAACCAAAACCACCACAGCGUCCUGAAGCAGAGCUCCAGAGGAGAGGGGGGUGAAGAGAAACGGGAUCCCCAGAGGCAGUACCACCACACUACGAGAGAGGCCCACCCUCCAGGGAGCCUCCAGAACGGGGGGCUGAAAGAGUCCCAUCCUUCCCCCAAAGAGCAGCCCCUGCCCCAGGCCUGCCCCUGCAGAUGUCCACACCAUAAACAGGUGGUAUAUAACAUCCAGUAUAUUGCCAACUGUUUCCGGGAGCAACGGGCCACAUGCGCUAAAGGGGCAGAGUGGAAGAAGGUUGCCAAGGUGAUGGAUCGGUUCUUCAUGUGGAUCUUCUUCAUCAUGGUCUUCCUCAUGAGCAUUCUCAUUAUAGGCAAAGCAACCUGACAGACAGAGA